AUGGAGAACUGUACCGUCUUUGUUGGACGUCUGGCUUGGGCCAUCGACGAAUCCCGUCUCGCUGAAGAAUUUGCUCAAUUCGGCGCCAUCACCUCAACCAAGGUCAUUCGAGACCGCAUGACUGGCCGCUCCAAGGGCUUUGGCUACGUCGAGUAUGAAACACCAGAGCAGGCUCAAGCUGCAUUGGCCAUGAGUGGCAAGGACAUUGAAGGAUUCAACAUCAACGUCGACAUGUCGCAGCCUCGUCAGACUUCCUAUGGAAACGGCAACGGUGGUGGCGGCGGUGGUCGUGAGUACAAUGCUCCUCGUGAGCGAAGGGAGUACCCCAAAUCAGAACCCUCCAACACCGUCUUCAUUGGUAACUUGUCGUUCCAGGCAACAGAGCAAGACAUUCAGGAGGCCUUCUCUGGCUGUGGCGCUAUUAACCAGAUCAGACUCCCCAAGUACCAUGACACGGGUAAGAUGAAAGGUUACGCCUACGUUGAGUUUGAUGACCUCGAGGCUGCCAAGGCAUGUGUCAACAUGGGCACUGCCAAUAUUGCAGGCAGGGAUGUUCGAUUGGACUUUUCUCAGCCUCGUGCUGAGCGAUCGUAUGACAAUGGUGGUGGUGCUGAAGAGGCUGCCUCUGCUGUGCCAGAGGGCUUCUAA